AUGGUAAACACAAGAGUGGGCGGAUCUCAUGGCUCGUCAACUGGAGCUCCGGGAAUCCCAGUGCCCACGCAAGAUCCUCGAUCGCACUACGACCCCACCACAACGGGAUACAACCCUGCCACAGGUGCUGCAUAUUCAAAGCCAACGUCUCAUCAAAAUGACAAUGCCAAUGAACUCUAUUGGUCUCAUCAACAGUCUCACAAUGAGGACCGUAGCACCGGUCAAGAUGAUCGGAGUUGGCAUACUCCGAACACCGUGCAAAGGGCCGAUAUCGAAGAAGCCACGACGACAUCGCAAACGGAUACCGCUUCAAAGUCAACAGCCAGCUCUGGGUUGACCGGCGCUUUGGGGAGAAAAACCAGAGGAGUCGGCGCGAGUGUUCUGGUAAGUACUAAAACCUUUUCUCGUUCUUCCGAGGACCGGCCGCGCCUGCCAAUUACAAGGAUUGGUCGAGACUUGGGCCAUGCAUCUGAGUGGAAGAUUAAUCCGACUUGCUGGUGCCUGGACAAUGAUCAGAGAUCGGGCGAAGCAUUUCGAGGCACUUUGAAUGCUGCUAUACACCGGGCAUUCAAGAGCAAGGAGGAUAGUAUGCAAAAUGAAACGGCCACUCGACAGGGCGAAAGAAAUGUCCCACGAUGA